GUGUGAGCGUGCGAGUGAGCCUGUAUAACAGUGUAUGGGAGUGUGUAUGUGCGCACUCUCGUUCGCAAUCCUUCCUGGAGGAGAGAGGCUCUCCUCUUCACUGGACAGCAAGGGCCAUUUUGAAGUGGGCAAAUUGUCGCUCUUGUGGGCCUAAGAAUGUUUCGGAAGAAGAAAAAGAAGAGGCCUGAGAUAUCAGCGCCCAAAAACUUUGAGCACCGUGUCCACACCUCAUUUGACAACAAGCGUGGCUGCUUCGUGGGCUUGCCGACACAAUGGCAAAGCCUGAUAGACAACCUGCGCAGGCCCAAACCCAUGGUGGACCCCUCCAGGAUCACAGAGGUGGAGCUGAGGCCAAAGAAGACCAUUGUGCGUGGGAGCAUGAUCGGUCACGGCGACUACAUUGCAGCCAUGAUCAAUGAUAUGAGCCGCCUGUCUGUGACCAGUUCCAACUCUCUGAGGAAGAGUAGCCCCUCAGCCAGGAAGAGGGCCCAGUCUCUGGGAAGGCUUGGGGAAGUGAAGGAGGGUGACACCUACCAGUAUGAAGGCCUGACCCAGGAUGACGAGGAAGAGGAAGACGAUCCGACUCAGCAGCAGUGGAAGGACAAGGCCAGGAACAUCCACAGUGAGACCAACACCCCCUACUUGGGCAUGAAGAAGAGCAUUACCCUGCAGCCCAACGGGAUCUUGCCCAGGGCUAAGUCCACUUACGAAGUCAGCGUCAGCUCCCUCGAGGGACCCCCACAGCCUCCCCAAUCCCACAACAUCCAGGUGCCUAGCCAUGGGGCUUACAUGGGCGGAGAGGUGGGCAGUCCCCAGGAGAGGGUGGUGUGGAGGAGAGAUUUCCAGUUGCCCAGGGGAAUCCCACCUAAUCAGAGACCUAUAGCAUGUUUCUAUAGCCCAGCCAUGACAGUCCAACAGCCCCAUGGAGAUCAAGGAACACAUCCUGCAGAUCUACGCACCAAUGUCCCACUGUACAUGCACUCUCAGAACAGCCCUGGAAGGCCCUUCUCCUCCUAUGACUUGAAAGCAGAGUCUGCGGUGAGGUACCACUCCAGUUUCCUGCCCACUGGUACCAGCAGUCCUCUAGUGAGUGGCAUCAGACCCCAAAGGACUGUGCGUUCCUCGGCUAGCUAUACCCUGGGCCUGUCUCCUAACAUGGGCCUGAGACCGAAUGGGCCGGACCCAUUCCUGAGACACUCUGGCUGCCCCAACCCUCCCUACCCCAGGCAGGACAGUCCAUCCCAACCUCGGCCGUCCCCUACAGGCUCAUUAGCGACCAGCCCCCCAGGCACCUGUUCUCCUGCCUUCAGACCUCCACAGCACCCCUCCCCAAGACCACCUCCAGACCCUCCUAAAGUGACCCAUGAACAGUUCAAGGCUGCCCUGCAGAUGGUGGUAGAUAAGGGGGACCCGCGGUCUUACCUGGAGAACUUUGUGAAAAUCGGGGAGGGCUCAACGGGGGUGGUGUGUAUCGCCAGAGAGAAGCAUAGCGGCAGGCAGGUGGCGGUGAAGAUGAUGGACUUGCGGCGGCAGCAGAGGAGAGAGCUACUGUUCAAUGAGGUGGUAAUCAUGAGGGACUACCAGCACAGAAAUGUGGUGGAGAUGUUUAAAUCCGCCCUGGUGGAGGAGGAGCUGUGGGUGAUUAUGGAGUACCUGCAGGGUGGUGCACUAACAAACAUUGUCUCUGAAACCAGGCUGAGCGAAGAGCAGAUUGCCACGGUGUGUGAGGCAGUUCUGCAAGCGCUGGCCUAUCUCCAUUCACAGGGAGUCAUCCACAGAGACAUCAAGAGUGACUCUAUACUGCUCACAUUAGAUGGAAGGAUCAAGCUUUCAGACUUUGGCUUCUGUGCCCAGAUCAGUAAGGACAUCCCUAAGAGGAAGUCUCUGGUGGGGACACCCUAUUGGAUGGCUCCCGAGGUCAUCUCCAAAUCGCCAUAUGGCACUGAGGUGGAUGUGUGGUCUCUGGGCAUCAUGGUGGUGGAGAUGGUGGACGGAGAGCCCCCCUACUUCAGCGAGACCCCUGUAGCAGCUAUGAAGAGACUGAGGGAUGAGCCGGCUCCAACUGUACGAAAUGUCAGCCAGAUCUCUCCAGUGCUGAAGGACUUCCUGGACCGUAUGCUGACCCGGGACCCAGUAGAGCGGGCCAGCGCCACUGACCUGCUGGAGCACCCCUUCCUGCUGCAGAGCGGCUCACCCCAGUGCCUGGUCCCACUGGUUGAGCAGUAUCGCAAGCGCAUGUCCCGCUGCUGACCCUGUAGGGCUCCUGGUCCCCAACGCCCACCUUCAGUCUGACCUAUCCAGGCCUUGAACCAGGACCAGCACCCGGGUCCAACCUAUCCAGCACCCAAGCCAAUGGGAGAUGAGCUCCAGGGAGCGGACCCGGACAGCAUGGUGCUGCCAGAGUGUUCAUGGCAGGACAGCAAGUUUGGCUGACAGACACAGCAUGAUCUCGGACAUGAGAGAAGCACUUUAGUAGUGAAUCAAAGGCAGCAUGCAAGCACUAUUCCUCACAUCUCAGCUCAGUUUGGGCUAACUUUUGAUUGGCAUCCUGUAACAUCCUGUGGGAUUCUUCUCAAAACAACACGUCAUGGUGCAUAUCAAGUGAUAAACGAAAGCCAAUAUUCUACGUAACUAUUUAAUGAACACAUGCUACACUGAAGAUCCUUCAUAGUGUUCAUAGUGGGUACUAUUUGCUAGCCGUGUAAAGCUUAAAAAGCUUGUGUUAGGCUUAAAACACAGUAGCUCAUUGUGACAUUAUUAAGGAGGGAGUGCUUAGAUAAAGUUACCUCUGCACACCCGCACUCUAUGUUGUGGAAACGGGACUACAACCUGGUACUCUUUGAAUACUGACAAUAGACUCUUUGCAUGGCCAAACAGAGGCACACCUGGCCUGAUGUGAAUGCUUGAAUAUGUACAACACUGGGAUAUGAGAGACAAGCCUCCUUUAUUACCAUAAUAAAUGGGUAGAUGAAGGCCCAGCUGCUACUAUUGGGCUACUGGAAAAUCACUAGAACCAUUUUCCUCCUUUUCAUAUUUAUUGUUUUGUUUUUGUUUUUUGUUUUUUGUUUUCCAAAAGGUGUUGUGGGUUGUUUGUAUGAUGUGAAGUUGCAAAUAGGGUUUCAUUAUAAAGUAUGGACUUGAAACAUAACCAGACAAAUAAAUAAUGUAAAUACAAAUACUAAAUAUUAGGUCCUUAUACCUGCUGAUCCACUGCAGUAAGAUAUGAGAUGAAUCCAAACAUUUUUUUUUGUUUGAUUUCUGAAGUGCGAGUGUAAACUGUUGUGUGUGCACACAACUGAUGUGUGUAUGUGUGUGUGUGUGUGUGUGUGUGUGUGUGUGUGAGAGAGAGAGCGCGUGUGUGAUGCCACCUUAGUGUUUGCUUCCAGUAACCCUCUCUGUAUUGUGACUGAUUUUGGAAAAAAACACAAGAUGUGUGUGUUGCUCCUCAAGAUGUCUAUGCCUGUAUUCGCAUUGAUUUGCCUAGAUAAAGCACACAGGCUUGGCAUGUGAUGCUGCAGGACGUCCACCAGCUGAGAACACUUUGCACAUGGUCUUUGUAUUCUGACACAGAUACAUGUCGACAUGUUUCAUGUAUUUGUAUUUCUAUGUGGGUCAUUCAUGAAAAAGAGAAUUACACAUUAUUUUAAUUUUGUAUAAAUCAAUAAAUGAUGCAUAUUGAAUCUCAGCU